AUGUAUUUCUCUCCCAAUACACCGGAAAAUUUGAAAGACUUCUAUGUCUCGAUUUUUAAGAUGCCCAUUACACAUUCUAUCGAGAAAUAUUUGGGUCUUCCCAUGUUAAGUGGUCGAAAUAAGUCUCGGCUUUUUGCUGAUAUUAAGGAGAAGGUUUGGUUGAAGCUCAAUUCUUGGAAUUCUAAAUUAUUUUCUUAUGGAGGUCGCGAAAUUCUUCUUAAAGAUGUAAUCCAAGCAAUGCCAACAUACGUUUGGGAUACUAAGGUUUUGGCUGAUUCCCACAUAUGUACUUCAACUAGACUUUGGGAGUAUCCAUUGUUGAACCAGUAUAAAUUAAAUGUUGAUGCUUCUAUUGACGAAGUUUCAAAUUCUAUUGGUAUUGGAGCUAUUCUUCAAAAUUCAAAUGGAGAUGGUGUUGCAUGUUUAUCUAAACCACUAUUCGGACUAUCAGUACAUGUAGUCGAAACUGAUUGUCUUGCAGCUGUGUCUGCCUUUGCUAAGAGAGAAACAUUUUUCAAUGACUUUGGGUCUUUGUUAGAGGAUAUAACAAGUUUGUUGUACAGAUUUUCAGGAGUGUCCCUAAUCCAUGUUCGUCGGUCGGCCAAUAUGGCAGCUCAUGAAUAG